CAGAGACAAUUUUUUUAAUUAAUUUAAUUUUUCAGGUAUGGAUCCUCAUCAGCAAUGCAAAUACAUCUAAGAAAUCUCAUACCAAGAGAAUGAUCAGUUGAGAUAAAGGGUGUCUGAACUUGAAGCGAAAAAUGCUGAAUUGCAGGAUGAAGUCGAAGCCAUAAAUGAUCUGUUGGAGUAGGAGAAGACGCAAUGUUAACAAAAAGAUAAAGCUCUUUAGACUCUAUAGGUGAUUAAUUAGGAGUUAAAUUACAGGGUUUAAGAGUUGUAAAAUAAAGUUGCAGAAAAAGACACUAAAAUUUAGGAACUUUAAAAUGUUAUAAAAUAAAAAGAUGAUUAAAUCACAUAAGUGAACAAGGAUCACAGGAAAAUUGGAAGCAAAUCUAAAACUUAAAGAAAAUAAAGCAAUCCUAAAAAAUAAUGAGUUAUUGGUUUUACUGUAUUCUAAUUAUUUCAAAAAAUAUUAAAAA